CAUUACUGCUGGAUCGGCGGAGGGGAGGGAGCACCGGAGCAGCUCCGCUUACAGCGCAUACCAGCCCGACAACACUGCACCGAAUAGCCCCGAACACAGCCCCCACAGCCCGGGACCGACCCUCCGGAUACCCCCCGCGGGAGCCCCGGAGCCCCAUGCCCGCGGACCGUGCACCGGAAGCCGGACUUUUUCUGCCUUUUACUGCGGGAAUGCUUUCUCCUGUCCGCCGUGGUAUGUGGAUCUGGGAGCGACCAUGUUAUUAGGCAGGUGAUAAACGGAGGAGGCGGCUGCUCUAUCCCAGCUUAAGGACGACCCAGGAUAGAAGAGAGAGAGGGGCUUUUACUGCUGCCGAGAGAAAACCAGAAUGAAAGUGCCUCUGUACCACUGACAGGAAGGAGAACUGGAAUGAUAUCGUGACCUUUUUUCUGGACGUGACCAAGUUAGCGAAUGAGUGGGGGGAUAUAUGGCCAGAACAAAGAUGCGCGCCCCCCGACAUUCGCUGUCAGCGUGGUUGGCCUCUCGGGGACGGAGAAAGAGAAGGGAAACUGUGGCGUGGGCAAGUCCUGCCUGUACAGAUACAUACGUCCGGAUGCGGACAACUACUACUCGGAGCACACCUCGGUGCUCAGCACAAUAGACUUUGGGGUCGUCGUGGUCAAUAAUGACCAUUUCCUGUUUUGGGGUGACGUGGUCCCAGAGGGUGACGAUGGGUUGGAUUGUAAAAUUCAAGUCAUUGAACAAACUGAGUUCAUUGACGAUCAGACGUUUCUCCCGCAUCGAAGCACGAACCUGCAGCCAUACACCAAACGAGCAGCGGCGACAAAACUCCAAUCAGCAGAGAAGCUCAUGUACAUCUGCACGGACCAGCUGGGCUUAGAGCAGGACUUUGACCAGAAGCAGAUGCCUGAUGGGAAGCUGAACAUUGACGGCUUCGUGCUCUGCAUAGAUGUCAGCAAAGGUUGCAACCGGAAGUUUGACGACCAGAUGAAGUUUGUUAACAGCCUCUACUCCCAGAUCGUCAAGUCGAAGAAGCCGAUUGUCGUCGCCGCCACCAAAUGUGAUGAAUGUGUGGACCAGCACCUGAGGGACCUGCAGGCUUUUGUCGCCAGCAAGAAAAACCUGCUGCUCAUUGAGACAUCAGCGCGCUCCAACGUCAACAUAGAGCUGUGCUUCAAUGCACUAAUCCAGCAGCUGGAUAAAACAAGAGGGAAGCCAAAAACUGUGCCAUAUUUAGAGGCGUAUAAGAUCCAGCGGCAGCUUGUUGCCUCCGUUACAGAUCGAUUCGAGAAGGUGAUGGUUCAGACUGUGAGAGAUUACCACACUACAUGGAAAACUGUGAUUAAUAACCUUAAAGGCCAGGCGGAUUAUGAUGAGUUCAUCACCUUGGAGGGCUCCAGAAAAGCACGCAACAUGUUCACAAAGCACAUUGCACAACUGAAGCAGGAGCACAUCAGAAGGAGGAAGGAGGAGUACCUGACCACGCUGCCCAAAACCCUCAACAACCUCCUGAAUAACCUGGAGGAGGUGGAGCAGCUCACAUGGCCCGAGGCACAGAGCGUGAUCCGGAACAGGCCCGACUUCCAGUACUGGUUUAUAAUUCUGGAACAAACACCGUGGGAUGAGACUGACCACAUCGACAACAGCGACCGCAGGAUACCCUUCGACCUCCUCGACACUCCUGACGGCGAGAGGAUUUUUCACAACCACGUCCAGCACCUGCUGUCAGAGAAGAGGAGGGUGGAGAUGAAAGAGCGGUUUAAGAAGACUUUAGAGAGGGUCCACUUUAUCAGUCCGGGGCAGCCUUGGGAGGAAGUCAUGUGCUUUGUCAUGGAGGAUGAGGCCUAUAAGUACAUCACAGAAUCAGAUAGGAGGGAUGUUUACUGUAGACACCAGCAGGAAAUAGUUGAAAGGGCCAAAGAGGAGUUUCAGGAAAUGCUUUUUGAACACGCUGAGCUUUUCUAUGACUUGGAUCUGAACGCCACCCCCAGCUGCGACAAGAUGAGCGAAAUCCAUAGUGUCUUGAACGAGGAGCCCAGAUACAGAGCUCUGCAGAACUUGCCCCAGAUAGAGAGUCUCUCCUCCUCAAACCAUUGGGUUUGUUACCAUCCCACCAAGGAGACGUGCCUGAGUGGGCAGAACUGUGUGGAUCUGAAAGUGGAGCAGGUUUUAGCAAACAGGUUGGUGCAGCUCGACCACGGCCGCUCCAAUCUGUACUACAACAGUGCCAACAUCGAUAAGAUCAACCUCUGCCUCCUGGGACGGGAGGGGCUUGCACAGGAGCUGGCCAAUGAGAUCCGAGCUCAGUCCACAGAUGACGAAUACACUCUAGAUGGUAAAAUUUAUGAACUGGAGCUCCUUCCAGUGGAUGUGAACUCCACGCUACUCUUCAGCCACACAUGGGUAUCCACAUUCAAACCACAUGGCUGCUUCUGUGUUUUCAACUCCAUAGAGUCUCUGAACUGUAUCGGAGACUGUAUAGGCAGAAUCAGAGCAGAGAUAGCACAGAGCAGGAGGGACAGAUUCGCUCAGCCGCUGCCGUUUAUUCUCAUCCUGGCGAAUCAGAGGGACAGUGUUUGUAAAAACAUCCCGAUCCUGCGGCACCAGGGCCAACAGCUGGCGAAUAAGCUGCAGUGCACGUUCGUCGACAUCCCCUCAGGAGCCCUUCCCACGAAAAUUUACAGAGUUCCAAUCAAGCAGGGGCUUCGAGCAGUGCUGGAAGGGCUGAAGCAUAACUUUGAUGUCUUAGCCCCGCUGCCUUCAAUCAAAGACAUGUCGGAAACGGACCUGAGGAUAGUGAUGUGUGCUAUGUGCUGGGAUCCAUUCAGCGUCGACCUCAUUCUCUCACCUUUCUUAGACUCGCACUGCUGCAGCGCUGGACAGCCGGGUCAGAGCAACACGCUCAUACUCGACAAGAUCAUCGGCGACAGCAGGAGGCGGAUCCAGGUCACUGUGUUGUCUUACCACUCUGCUAUCGGUGUACGCAAAGACGAGCUAGUCCACGGCUACAUUCUGGUCUACUCUGCCAAACGUAAAGCCUCCAUGGCGACUUUGCGGGCCUUCUUAGCUGAGGUCCAGGAUGUGAUACCAGUCCAGAUGGUGGCUAUCACUGACAGCCAGGCGGACUUCUUCGAGAAUGAUGCGAUUAAGGAGCUAAUGACGGAGGGGGAGCACAUUGCCACAGAGAUUGCUGCCAAGUUCACGGCGUUGUACUCUCUGUCACAGUAUCACAGACAGACUGAGGUCUUCACACCUUUCUUCAAUGAGGUUCUAGAGAAGAAACCAAGCAUUGAAAGCUCAUUCCUGUUUGACAACUCGUCACGGGAGUGCACCACCGCUGCCAGCGAAGAUGUCUUCCCCACCUCGCCUCAUAGCCACUCCCCUGCUUACACCUACUAUCCAGACUCCGACGAUGACAAUGAGGCUCCUCCCCCUUACCGUCCAAUAGGUGAUGACGUCCAACUUCUCCCCACGCCCAGUGAACGGGCAAAGUACCGAAUCGACUUAGAGGGGAAUGAGUAUCCGGUCCACAGCACUCCUGUGGAGACCACGAGCGCAACCACCAAAGUGCCUCCACCCGUUCGCCCCCAAACCAGUCCUCCCGAGCCAAACGUCAAAAAGUUGGAUCCCAACUUGCUCAAAACCAUCGACGCUGGUAUGAGAAGCACCAGGACACCUCGAGGCCGGUGACCACCCACUGAGGAUGUGGAGGCCUCAGAUAACUAUGCAGACACCGUGGACACCCCUCAGGUCAGGGGCUUCAUCAACGACGACAUAUACGCUGUUCCCGAUGACACACACAGCCGUUUGGUCAAGAUCCGUAACUCCUUUGGCGGGCUUCACUCCCUCCAUGGCGGCGGCGGCGGAUGAGAGGAGGAGAACGGGUUCGACAGGAAGUCCCAGGCUACUCGGCGGCCGUCCAAAUACAAGCACCGCUCUAAAAUCCUCUUCAGCAAGACGAACCUACCAAGACGGUUCCAGUCCGACAGCGACGGGGAGGAGUCCGGCCCAGCCACACAAAAGAAGAAGGGAAGGGCCCACAGAGGGAGCGAGGAGGACCCACUGCUGUCACCGGGACCCUGGAAGGGCGGGAUAGACAACCCCGCCAUCACCUCCGACCCUGAGCAGGACGACAAGAAGAUGAAGAAGAAGAAGACGCCGAAGACACCAAAGGAGCCAAGAAGAUCAUCCAAACCUCCGAAGCCCCUGUACCCGCCCACUCGGAGAACCUGGGACAGUAACUACUUUGGCGUUCCCCUCCAGAACCUGGUGACCCCGGACCGACCCAUCCCGCUCUUCAUCGAGAAAUGUGUGGACUACAUCGAGCGCACAGGUCUGACCACAGAAGGGCUGUACCGGGUCAGCGGCAACAAAACGGACCAGGACAACAUCCAGAAACAGUUCGACCAAGGUAAGGGCCCACACACCUGGGGACACACAUGGACACACCUAAGGACACAUGGGGACACACCUGGACACACAUGGGGACACCUGGGGACACAUGGACAUACCUGGACACCUGGGAACACCUGGGGACACACCUGGGUACACCUGGGUGGAACCGGACCGUCACAGCACAAACGGCCCAGGUCUGACCACAGAAGGGCUGUACCGGGUCAGCGGCAACAAAACGGACCAGGACAACAUCCAGAAACAGUUCGACCAAGGCCUUCUUCGCCGGACCCUCCCCGACCCCCUGAUCCCCUACCAAUCUGCACCCGGAGCUGGUGGAGGUCUGCAAAAAUCGUGGACUACAUCGAGCGGCUCCAGGUCCUGAGGGAGAUUGUCAAGAAGUUCCCCUCAGUCAACUACCAGGUCUUCAAAUACAUCAUCACACACCUCAACAGGGUCAGCCAACACAGUAAGACGACGCUGAUGACGGCCGACCUGUCCAUCUGCUUCUGGCCGACGCUGAUGCGGCCCGACUUCGAGAACAAGGACACGCUGUCGACCACGAAGCUGAACCAGGCGGUGGUCGAGUCCUUCAUCCUGCAGAGCGACUACUUCUUCCAUGGCGGCGAAGUGGCCGAGAGCUCCAGCAGCGAGGGCACGCCGCCGCCGCACUGCCACAACAUGGUGGAGGCGCUGCUGCCCCUGCAGCUGCCGCCGCCGCUGCAGCCGCAGCAGAUCCAGCACGCGUUGCCACCAGACCCGCUCAUCUGAGGCGCACAGGAGCAUGCUGGGAAACGGAGUCACAACCACCAAAACACUGUCGGGCAGAUUUCAGAUUCAGCGGUGGAUUCUUAAAGACGUCGCUGGGUUAUUUUAUUUUUAUUUUUAUUUUUUUCCUGGAUGUGUGAGAUCUGCAGUAAAUCCUGGAAUAACGGAUCCGGAUCGGACCAGGAGGAUCAGACUCGCCCUUUUAUGGAAGUUUUAGUUUAAUGAACGAUUGGAGUUUAUUUGGCACAUAGCGAAAACACUCAUCGAUGAGCAGGGUCGACGGGGGAUUCUAGGACAGGAUUGGGGCACAUUAGCUCCUCCCAUUUCCCUCCCCCACCUGAUGGAAUAGCACAUAGGGGUCCUCAUGAAGCCCCCCCCCCCCUUAAGCCACUUCCCCCUGCCCCACCCACUUCUCCGUUUGGAUUCCAUCGCGUCUUCCUGCAGAUCUCCACAUUCCCACACGAAAAUCUACUUCUUCUGCUUCUUCUUCUCAUCAUUCUGUUGCCCUUUGACCCUGUAAAGGGAGGUGGGGGGUGGGGCUCUUCAAUCAUCUCCACUGUGACACCACGUCGGCGUCUCGUUGGCGCCGGUCGGAUAAAACAGGAGGUGGAUCCGUGAAUUCAACAUCUCCGGAAUUUAACAAAAUGUGGAUUAUUUUCAGUUUUUGUUGGUCUGAGGGGGGGGGGGGUGUCGGUGGGAGUUUUCAAACCCCUCCCACUGCAACGUGAACUCUGACCCCUCAUUAAGAACAGCACAUGCACGAUUUGUGUCAAAGGUCCUACAUGCCAAUUUCACGUCUGUUUUCUUAGUUUAUGUUCUCAUGUUCUUUUUUAAUAUGUUUUGUAACGUCUGAUUUGUACCCGGUUUGUGUGUUUGUGUGUGUGGUGAGGAUGAUGAUGAGGAUGAUGAUGAUGGUAUGUGUGGACUGGCCUGUGGUCUGGAUUCAGCCACUUUGUCGGAGGCGGGGGUCAGGAGGGGUCAGAGGUCAACUCACCGUAUUUCUGAUAAUUCCACAGUUUUUCUGUUCAAUCGCCCUCUAAAAAACACCAGACGACCAUAACUGAAGCAGCGUUUUACCUCAAACAAAAACUGGAUUAACCCUUAAAGAGCCACACAUCCACCAUCAGACCUAAACCAUCCACUGAGCUGAACGGUGUCAUACCUGGUGAUCCACUAAUCCGAUCAAUACAUGGAAAUAACUGGUGUCAAAUAGAAUUUGACCUCAAUUAUUCAUUGGAUAAAAUGCACGAAAACUUGUCAAAUGUGAAUAAAAUGAGCAAAAUACUUAAAAAAUAAGGAAAGAAUAACCCAAAAAACCUUGAAAUAAGACAUAAAAGUAAACAAAUCCUUCUGAAGUGAGGAGAAACUGAGCAAAAUACUUGAAAAAUAUGGAAAAUUUGUUGUUUCAUAGUAUCUGGAGCCCUGUAUUUAGUCAGUUAACCCUUAAAAACCUAAACCAUCUGUUGAUCUAAACUGUUUAAUACCUGUUGAUCUAAAUAUCUGAUUAAUCCAUGUCAAUAACUGGUGUCAAAUACAGUUCUUCAUCUUUUCAUGGUCAUGGUUUAUUCACAUUAGAGCAUGUUUAAACUGAGAACGUCGACCAUUUUAAAGAAAAAUGUGGAUAAAAAGUACAAAAUGUUUGUAAAAUGAGGAAAUAAUGAACCCAAAAACCUUGAAAUGUGAUAUAAAAGUGAAGAAAAUGAUCAAUUAACCUGAAACCGGUUUGUUUUUUCAUAACAUCCAGAACCUGCAUUUAGUCUGAAACCCUCAAAGUCCAAAACCGUUCAUUUAAUCAGUUGAAUUCACGAUGUUUCCUCAUAUUCGACCAAAACAAACACAGAAGUUCAACCACUGAUGGAAAAGGAUACAGAGAACGGUACGGAUCUGAGUCUGGAUCUGGACCUGGACCUGGAUCUGGAUCUGAGAGGCCAGCAGAGUCCAUUUGGACCUGGAUCAGACCCCUUCCAAGUCCUCCAUAGAGGUCAAACCCUGUCAGAGGGUUAAUGCUGCCUUCAGGUGCUAUUGGGAAGAUAAACGUUUCCACGACCGCACUGUGUUCAAGUGCUUUUGUUGUCGUAGUGAAAUGAAAAAUGGCUGAAACACCAUUUAUCAUGAGCUGAUACUUACAGACUUCAACAGAUUUGGAUGACUUUAUUCGUCUGAUUCAGCAUUUUUAUUGAAUGUUUGUGCGAAUGGUUUAGAAUUUAAAUGUGUCAAAUCAUCAUCUAACAGCAGCAGAACGUUAAUAAAACCAUCGUUUAUCAUUGGCCUUGAACCCCUCGCUGCUCUCCACCAUGUUGAAAAGGUCAUCACCCAAAUUUUUUCCCAGUUCUCCAGUGGAAUUUUAGAGUUUGUAUUUACAAAAACUCCCACAGCAUGUGAAGGCAUCAUCAGACACAAAUCAGAACUUCUUCUAAAACUCUGCUUUUAACCCCCCCCUUCGUAGACCCUCCACCGCUCCCUCGCUGCUCUCCACCAUGUUGAAAAGGUCAAAGGUCAUCGCCCAAAUUUUUUCCCAGUUCUCCAGUGGAAUUUUAGAGUUAGAAUUUACAAAAAUUCCCUCAGCACGUGAACACAUCAUCAGACACAAAUCAGAGCUUCUUCUAAAUGUGUGAAAACUCUGCUUUAAAAACUCCGCCCCCCCCACCGUAGACCCUCCACCCCUGACCUCCUGACCCCACCCCUCCCUCCCCGGCGACGGCACAUGCCAGGUGUAACCACUAGGUGGCGAUGGCGUGUCGGUUUGGGUGUCGGAGGAGGCGUGUCCUCCUUCCUGCUCCUCCCAUUUCUGUUCUGUCUGUUUUUCGGUUCGUCGGGAAAUGAAAUUUGAAAUUUGCAUGUCUCUGUUUUUUGCCACUUAGUGAAAAAUGAACUUUUAAAAGAGAGAAAAAAAAAGAAAAAAAACAAAUGAAAUAAACGUAAAAAGGAGCUCGUUGAGACGUUAAAGGGGAAAACGUUUCCGCUGAACAGGCCUCGAGCUUCUGCAUCUUUGUUUUUUUUUCCUUCACGCAAGAAUCAAGUUAACAUCUUAUUUUUGGUUAUAUGUGGAAUAGUUUCCCUAAAUAGAGGACAGAAGUAUAUAUAAGUAUAUAUAUAAAUAUAAAUCUACGGCGGCAGAGGCUGCUGGUGUAGUGAACUACCACGGGGUACUGGACUGUAUAAUCUGUCAGAAGAUAUAAUCCUAUUUCUGGUGUAACUGAAGCCCACGUCUGUUUUUUUUCAUGAUGUGUAUGAAUGUGUAUGAUGUGUUGGACGUCAAGACUACAGCGCGAAAAUCCUCUGAAAAGCAAGAAAAAAAAUCCAACAGAGCUCCUCAUCACGCUUCAGCUCACACUUUGAGGCGCAUUUGAGUUUAUUUUACCUCCAGGUCACUCACUUUUACACUUCGGUUAAUCAAAUCGACCAGCGUUUUUUUAUCAGUCAGGGCUGAGUUUUACUAAAAAAGAACAGAAGAAGUCAACCAUAAUGUGAAUUUCAGGUUACACACGUGGUAAAAGUUGCUAAAAUAUAAAUAGAAAAACAGAUGAAACGGCAACUUCAACCAAAACUGAAACCGUUAAAAAAAAAAACUCCAAUCAAGUGUCAGUUCAGUUUGUUUUUAACGCCAUAUUUUAGCGAAACACAAACAUAAUUAAUGGUUUAAUCAGCCUCAGAAAAGGGAAAAUACACAAAAAAGGCUGUUUUACCCAGAAUGCACUGCUCUGUCAUCCUCAAAGUGUUUCCGUUGAUGGUCGGUGAUGAGGAGUUAAAAGGAGCAGUCGGUGAUUUUUUUUCAGUGUUGUUAAAUGCUACGGUCAGUGAAUGCAUCGUGAACCUGAUCUAUCACCGUUUCUUCAGGAAACAGAAGGAAACGACUGCAGACGUCGGACUGGACGUUUUUCGUUUGUUUUUUUGACGUCGUCAGCCUUUUGUCUGCUUUCUACGACUGUGGAUCGAAUAUGGAAACAUUUGACCGUUUGAUUUAAUAAAAGUCGUCUCUUCUGACUCUUUUCUGCUCAUGUUUUUAGACGUUUCAGCUGAAACUUCCUUCUGUUUCCUGAAAUAUUAUUGUCUGAUAUAAAACAUGAUAUUUUUCUCAAUGUUUUACAGACACGACAACUGAAUAUUUGCAUUAAUCAGUGCAUUUACACGAUUAUAAAAUACUGAAAAAGUGGAGGUUAAAUUAACAUAAAAACCUAAAAUUUUAAUUUAUCAGAUUUUUCAGUAGAAAAUGUGUUUUUGUUUCUUAAAAAUGGAUAAAACAUAAUCAAUUUAUAUAUGUUUCAGCCUUUUGUUAUUUGUUGGUUUGUAUAAUUAGAAAACAGUUUAAUGAAAUAAUCUCAUAAGAUACAAUAUGAUGAAAAAUAAAUAAGGCACAAAUAAGAAACAAAGUGAAUAUUAGGGAAUAAGAGACGUUUCCUAAAUAACAAAUAUAUGAAAUGGUGAAAAAAUGAGUGAUGUGUUUUAAUGGAUCCAGUUUUUUUAAUGAAUUCAUCAAUUUAUUGACAGAAAAAAUCACCGACUGGUCAUUUAACGUCGUUUUAUCUGCAGUUUCGUCCCCUUUCAGACUCGUUCAUCUGGGUUUUUUACAAAAUCAAAAAUGUCAACAAUAUUAAAUUUUAAGAAGAGAGUUUAAUUUUAUGAGAAAAAUGGAAAAAGAAUCUGCAACAAAGAUAAAUAUUUGUAUUUUAAAGCAUAAAUUUGGUGUUUUAUUCUGUUAAAUGCCUUAAAUGUAUUAGUUUCAGAUGGUUUUUAGUGUCAGAUUCAGUCAAAACUACUUUAAGAUCAACACCCACUUGUUGAUGAGGGACUGGAAGGGGGCGGGGCUUCAGACAGAUGAGACGUGACGCCGUAUAAUGUGAACCAGAGGUCAAAGGUCAGGUUUAAAGGGGAUAAAUAUUCUGAAUGGAACGCAGCCAAAAGCCCAUUUUUGGGGUUUUUACGAUUCAAGGGCACAUUGAAGGGAGCGAGUGGGGGGGGGGGGUCUGCGGGGGCGGGGCUUCAGCGGCUGUAGCGUUCGUCUGUAGCGUUCGUCAGCUACGUUUCUUUUUUGUUUUUUCAAAUUUGCAUCAUUUCUCAUCCAGUCGCUCCGGUGUAAAAACCACCUGCUCGGACUUUAACGUCAUCCGCUGUGUAUUAUAGUAAAUAAAAAGGAUUUUCACAGAUGAAAAACUCUAAAACAACUUUGUUUUUUUUCUCUCCAUAAUGUUUCCAAAUAAAGUUUCUUUUUUUCCAAA